GCAACUUCAACUUAAAUUUCAACAACCUCACUUAUGAGUAACCGUGGAACUUCUUCUUGUUCUUCUUCUUCAGAACCAAGUUGUAUUACAACCACUGAUGAUAAGAAACAAGUUAAAUAUCACUCGGACGAAGAAGUUAUAUUAGCAACAACACGACCAAAGAAGCGAUCAGGUCGAAGAGUGUUCAGAGAAACAAGACACCCUGUUUACAGAGGAGUCAGAGCAAGGGACAACAACAAAUGGGUUUGUGAGAUGCGUGUUCCAAACACCAUUAACUCUAAGAUUUGGCUUGGAACAUAUCCAACGCCUCAAAUGGCUGCACGUGCACACGACCUUGCCUCACUCACUCUUCGUGGAACAUCAGCUUGUCUCAACUUUGCUGACUCAGCAUGGCGGUUAACGUUGCCUGAAUCGACAGAUGCAGUGGAGAUAAGAAAAGCGGCUAUGAAAGCUGCUGAAUUAAUUGCAGCUGAAGAUGAAAUUAACAAGCAGCGUGAUCAACAGUGUGUUAAUGAAGAUCCCAGCAACUAUGAAGGUACUAGCACUAUGAAUGUUGAACAAUUAGUUUCCACAUCAGAAACUGAAGAAAUGCAUGAUUUGAUUUUGAACAUUGCCAAUGAGCCUUUAAUGUCUCCUCCUAUGUCACCUCCUCAUUCCACCAGAGAUUAUGCAAGCGAUUAUUUGGCUGACAUGGACAUUUUUGAUACUCAGGUUAAUCAAACAAGAAUGGGAAAAGGCCAUAAGGGGACAACAAUAAUUGGUACGACUCUGUUCUUCACCAAAUGUUACAUCUUGAUGAGCAAUAGAGUUGUCCUGAGACCACAGAUUCAAAAUUAGCCAUUAUUGUUUCCAAACAAUUUAUAGCAUCUAACAAUAUCAUAUAAUGUUGGGGGACAAUUAGUUUAACCUGCUGAGAGAAGGAAAUGAUCAAAUUGAGAAUCUGCUAUGAGGUAUUGUCUAGAUUUUUAUUUCUCAUAACCUUUUGCUUUUUUAGUGUCGGAAAAGUAUUUAAUUAAAUUUUCAAUUGUUUGAGUUAUUUUUAUUUCAAAAUCAUGAAAUUGUCACACUUUUUAUAAAUUGAUACAAAUGGACACUCUAGUAACCCAAAUUACUAAUGUAGCAUGGAUUUGGAUCUGGUAUCCUUAUUUACCGCACACAUUCAAGUAGUCUGUCUGUGACUUGUCUGAUCAAAAUCAGACGGAUCAGAUUUUAAUUAUAGACUUAGUAAUUUUAUUUUUCUAUAAAAUCAAAAUAUGUUUAAAAUCUGAAUUAUAUGACAUUAAUCGGAAAACAAAAUCUACACGGUCAGUAAUGCGCGAACACCCAAAAUCUACAGUAGAUUGUCAGAAGAAACCAAAGGAAACAUGAUUGCUGCUGCUAUUUGAUAUGACUUAAGUCUAUGAAGAAAUUUUUAAUUGUCUAUUUAUAAACGAUUUUACUUGCACCUGAAAUUCUUGAGAUGCCUCUUGGGACUAAUUUUCUGUGUUAGCAGUCAUGCUCGAUCAAUUUGAAGAUCCUUUUCACUUGGUGCAUUUUAUUUUGGUCUUGUCAUGACAUUUGUAAUGCAUCUCAGGGAUCAAGAAAAAGAUAGAAAAUAUGUACAGUGGGCUGAUGUACAAAAACACAUUAAUUAUGGGGCACCGUUUCGCUGACACUGCAUCAUCAUUGCUGAUAAUUGAUCUAACUUUAAUGACAAGGAAAAACACAAGAAAGGGGCAAUUUGAAGCUAUAAUAUAUAUAUACUCCAAUACAUACCAUGUAUUAUUGAUGAAAUUUUAAUUUGUAAGUAGCAACAAUUAGCACUCAAUGUAUUUUCUAUUGUUAUCUUUGGUCAGAAGCACCCAACUAAAAUAGAGUAGAGUUUAGACUACUUGUUUUUUUUUGUCAGAGUUAUUAUUGGAUUGUGUUUUAAAAAGUUAACUUUAGAGAAGUUAUGAUCAAUUUUGAAGGUAAAAUUUUUAGGUGUUAAUGAAUAAAAUUGAUUUUGUCUAUAAA